CAAGUAAAAAGGAAAUGUUAGAGGGCGUCUGAGAACAAAGAAAAAGGUGUAAUAAUGUGGACAAGUGGGCUAGGACAAGAUGCGAAGGUGGCGGUGGCGCUGGUAACCCAAGCGCGCGCCUACACCUACUCUUCACUCACUCUCAACUACUUCAACAACAAACUCACCUCGCCACGCUCUUUUGGCUCCGUCAUGAUCAUGAACAACAACACCACCACUAACCCACCACAACAAUCCAGUCUGGAUUCCAUUUUCGCGCAAAAACGGCUCCUUCGAUCAAAAGUCCGCCGGACCCUCAAGUCCAUGGACCCUUCUCUUAGAUCCUAUGAAGAUGAUGCCAUUCAGAACAUUGUUUUGGAAGCUCCAUGGUUCAAGUCUUGUCAGAGGUUAUGCGCCUAUAUAAGUUGCUCUGCUUUGAGAGAAGUUGAUACCUCUAAAUUGCUGUCUCGAAUUUUGCAAACUCCACCCAAAGAUAGCCAUGCGAAGAUGGUGAAGAAGCUUUAUGUUCCACGUGUGGAGGACAAGAACAGUAACAUGCGAUUGUUUCAUAUUUCAAGUGUUGAUGAUCUAAUUGCCAACUCCAUGAAUAUUUUAGAGCCAGCUCCUGUGGAUGCUGAUGGAAAGGAGCGAGAGGAUGUGUUGCAGGCAAAUGAGCCAGUGGAUUUACUCCUCUUACCUGGACUUGCAUUUGACAGAUCUGGGAGACGCAUUGGCCGUGGUGGAGGUUAUUAUGAUACCUUCCUGAAGAAAUACCAAGAGCUGGCAAAGGAGAGGAAUUGGAGGCAGCCUCUCUUAGUUGCACUGUCAUACUCUUUACAGAUCUUGGAUGAAGGAAUUAUACCAGUCACUCCAACUGAUGUACCUGUGGAUGCUCUUGUAUCCCCAUCUGGUGCGAUUCCCAUUAGCCAGGCUGCCUUUGACAGUAUGAAACUUUGACGCUGGACAUGGAAAUCAAACCUGAAUGCUCUCUUUAGAAGAAGGAAGGCUCUGACAUGUCAAAUUCAAAAGACCACAGCUUGAAUGUUCACCGGUAUGGCUUUUUGAGUUUGUGUAAUGGGUUCCAGAUAUUUGUAUUUGUUUUCCAGUGAGUGUAACUAAGCUUGAGAUAUUAAAAUAAUGCUUGGAAAGAAGAGGGGUCAUGCCAACUGCUAGGUUGUUUUUGUGUUGGCAAAAUGUCCUCGUUCUUGUAACUUGAUUCCACAUGUACCACCAUGAAUGUACAAUUUGUUUUCUUUUUAAAAAAAUGAAUAAUUAUUACAUCA